CUUGUCCAUGUCUCCGCGUGUGCGGAUUAUCGGAGCCCGGCCCCGGAUUCAGCUCCGAAAUCCCGACAUUCUGUACUAAAAAGAUAGUAGUUUCUUACACGCUAAAGCAGGAAGUUCUUUGAUAACGUACUGAAUACAGUCAAUGUCCACUACACUAUAAAAAGUGAAAAAAAGAAAAACCCUACAUAUUCACGGGGCCUCAGUUAUCUGUUGCAAUUUGAGGCCAGAGAAUGGGCGCCAAGAACCACCUAUGAUGUCACGGACCAUCAUUUGUGUCCUGCAAACCCUCCUCCAGAAUCGCAACUCGAUGCCAUGGAUGACUCCGUUGGGGCGGGAUAGUUCUGCGCUGUCUCUCGAUAGGCCAAGUUCAGAAAAAAAGUUUAACAUUUGCACGGGAUCAUGUGGUUUAUAUAAUUACCUUCCAUGAACUGCGCUGUCGAGGGCAUACACGAACUGGCUACUGGAAUCCGCAAAGCUCGCCACUCUUACUCGGUGUAAAUCAGUGAUUUCAACUGCCUUGAUGCGAGCUGUCUAUUGGAAGGCAGUCAACUUCAAAUAUGCCAAAUCAGACCGAGGCAAUGUCGAAUUUCGUUGCAACCUUCCCGUGUCCGCAAAUUCCGGCCUGGCUAAGGGCUCGAAGAUCGAGCUCUACAGGCCUUGGAAAUGGGACUAUAAUCACAAAGAAAGACGGGCGCUUAGACAUUGACCUGGAUGAGGGCAUCCCGCGGGUGGUCCAGCUGGCCUAUGCGCUCACGCGCAGACCAUCAAUUCUCGCUCCUCAGAGAAACAAAGAAGUUAUCCAUUUUCCUCUAAAGCUGAACAUCUUACUACAGGUAGUAGGUUCCCGAGGGGACGUUCAGCCAUUCAUCGUGCUAGGCAAGGCGCUGCAGGCCCAUGGUCAUCGCGUCCGGCUGGCAACACAUCUCAUGUUCCGUGACUUUGUUAACGAGCAUGGUUUAGAAUUCUUCAAUAUCGGGGGUGAUCCCGGUGAGCUUAUGUCGUUCAUGGUCAAAAAUCCCUACUUGAUCCCGAACAUAGAGAGCCUCUUUGACGGUUCUGUCACCAGACGACGCAAGGAACUCCGAGCCAUUAUUGGAGGUUGCUGGCGAUCAUGCUUCGAGGCAGGAGAAGGGAUCAGUACAAUCAGUAAUGAUCCCAUAACGGUGUCGCCCUUUGUAGCCGAUGCUAUCAUUGCAAACCCGCCUAGUUUUGCUCAUAUUCACUGUGCAGAGAAAUUAGGUGUCCCGCUACAUAUGAUGUUCACGAUGCCAUGGUCGCCCACGCAAGCGUUCCCACACCCACUAGCCAAUAUUGCAUCUCGUGGCACCGAGCGCACGGUCGGAAACCUCACUUCCUACGUUCUCACGGAGAUGCUUAUCUGGCAAGGGGUUGGCGACUUAAUUAAUGAUUUUCGUCGUUUUGAGCUGGGGCUGGACCAACUGGAUGAUUUGAAUGGGUCAACCUUGAUUGACCGGCUUCAAAUUCCUUUCACUUAUCUAUGGUCACCUUCAUUACUUGGCAAGCCCAACGACUGGAAGCAGCACAUUGAAAUUACUGGUUUCAACUUCCUUCCCGAACAUGGCACGUAUAAACCUCCACAAGAUCUCGUUGAGUUUCUUAGUGUAGGCGAUCCACCGAUCUACAUUGGGUUUGGUUCCAUAGUUGUGGAUGACCCAGACGCGCUCACAAAAACAAUUCUAAACGCAGUGAAACUAACUGGACAACGUGCUCUCGUUUCCAAAGGCUGGGGUGGCCUGGGAGCAGAACAAAUCAAUUGGCCCGAUGUAUUCUUUCUUGACAACGUCCCUCAUCACUGGCUAUUCAAGCACGUCUCCUGUGUGGUUCACCAUGGCGGGGCGGGGACAACUGCAACGGGCCUCGCCCUGGGAAGACCAACCCUAGUCGUGCCCUUUUUUGGUGAUCAGCCUUUCUGGGGCUCUCUUGUGGCAAAGAACGGUGCAGGCCCAGAACCUAUCCCGCACAAGACACUGACGGCCGACAAUCUAGCGAACGCAAUAGCCUUCUGUUUAACACCUACCACCGUUGAACAUGCCCAGAGUCUCAGUCAGAGAAUCAACGCGGAGGAUGGUGCACAAGCUGCGCUGGAAUCUUUCCAUCAACAGCUCAGACCUGAUCAACUCCGAUGCGCACUGUGCCCGAAUCGCCCCGCAGUCUGGCGCAUUCGAGAGACGAAAACCGUAAUCAGUGCUUUUGCAGCUGCUGUAUUGAUCCAAAAUAAGGAACUCACCCACAAGCACAUUAAAUUAUACCGCGCACAACAGUAUGAUAUCCACCCAGGAGCUGAGACAUUUGGAGGCGCGGUAGAUAACUUUCUAAAUGGGUUCAUUGAAUUACCUGUCAACAUGACGCGGAUCUUUUCCCAGCCCGUAUCAGACCGCGUCGCGGCACAUUUUAACUUGGAUUCCUGCAACGCCCAAACAGCAGCUUUGCAAACACUGGCCGUGUCUUCAGCGAGUGCAGAGUCGCCAGAUAUAACUACACAUGUGCAUGCUAAAACCAUUCCAAAGGCCCAUAAACGAGGAUUUCUCCAGCGGACAGCGGUAAAUAUAUUUUAUGUCCAGUGCCGAUUCCUUAACUGGUUGAUUCAGAUCCCUAUGGGCACCACAUACCUCCUAGCGCACGGUCUCCACAACAUACCACGGUUAUACCAUGAUCGAACAGUGCGAGAUACUCCGGAGAUCAUUGGAUUCAGAUCUGGCUUACAUGCGGCUGGGAAAGUUUUCAUCAAUGGCUUCUACGAUGGCGUUACUGGAAUAGUAACUCACCCUGCGCAAGGAUGGAAAGACAACAGAAUCAGUGGUAUGGCAAAAGGCCUAGGGAAAGGUUUGGGAGGCAUAUUUUUCAAACCCCAGGCGGGGCUGUGGGGUCUGCUAGGGUUCCCGUUAAAAGGUAUACACCGAGGCAUUGAACGCUCCUAUGGUGCCGAUCGGAAGGCCUAUAUAUUCGAGUCCCGUAUCAGCCAGGGAUUCACAGAAUUGGGAUCAGCCUCAAAUGAGGAGAAAAACGCGGUGCUUGAGAAAUGGAAGUCUUACAGGACUGGUGCACUUUGGAAGAUCCGCAAAAAUGCAGUAUAAAAUACUUUAAUAAUAUUCAUCUGUUGCUCUGAUUAAUAGGCGUCGGGGCUUUGCAAAACUCUGGACAGUGAAUCAUCUACAUUAUUCUACAUUAUUUGACAUAUACCUACUAUGUUAAUAUUCCAUCCGUUUAAUGGGUUUAAUGCAAGAAUAAG